AUGGUUAUUUCAAUUUUAACCAAUAUAAGAGGACAUCAUUGGUUAAAUAUGGAAGGAAUCGAUUAUACAACAUUUUUUACAUUCAACAUAAGUAUUUUAAAUGUAUUUGGUUUUUGGAAACAAGAUACGAACUAUCGUCACAAAAAAUCAUAUACUUUUUACAAGAUAAUUUCGUCGUCUUUUUGGAUUUCUUUUAUUUUGACACAAUUCAUGUAUUUGUAUACGAAUCUGCAUAAUUUCGAAGAAUUAUUAUCGACGUCUUACUUCACAAUUCCUUUAUUCGUAUGUUCGUACGCGUUCAGUUCGUUAUAUAGAAAAAUAGAUGAGAUCAAAUUGUUAUUUAAAAAAUUCAACGAACCCAUUUUCCAACCCAAAUGCGAGGAACAUCUUCAGUUAUCAGCAUCUACGAAACGAUCUUAUACUAAAUAUUCUCAUUUCCUAAUUUAUCUUGGUAUGCAAACAAUCGUCUUAUAUAUAAUUGCGCCCUUUUGGCAAGAAGGAAGGGUGGUACCAGCUAGAGCUUGGUUUCCAUUCGAUUGGAAACUAUCACCAAACUACGAACUCGUAUGGGUUUAUCAAAGUAUAACUUUGAUUAUAAUUAUGAACGCACUUGCUUGUCUAACAGCUUUUUCUACUGGUUUAUUGAUGAUGAUUGGUUUGCAAUGCGAUUUUUUAAAUAUAACUUUGAAUAAUUUGCAAAGAUUUCAUGAUAAUGAUAACGAAAACACGGAUGUUAUGAUGACGAAUUUAAUCGUGUGUAUUCGGCAUUACGUACAAAUCAAGAAAAUUGCUGAAGAAAUUAAAGAUAUUGUUAAUGUACAGAUGUUUGUACAAUUUUUGGGCGGAGCAGCGAUGAUUUCUACUAUUCUAUUCACAUUAUCAACUGUGAAGAUGGGAAGUCCUUUGAGUAUAAUGCUUGUUUCACUUUCAUCGUGUAUCCUGAUAAUGUUGUUUGGUUAUUGUUGGAUUGGAAAUAAAAUAAUUGAAAAGAGCAGCGACGUUUUUAUAACCAUGUAUAAUACGCCGUGGAUUGACUGCGACUUGAGAUUCCAAAAAGUACUUUUGCAGUUCAUGACAAUGACAAAAAGUCCGAUUCAGAUUACAGUAGGCGGCGUUAUAUCUAUAUCUAAUGCUACUUUCAUGUCGAUCGUCAAAUCUUCAUAUUCAGUAUUCAGUUUGCUGCACAAUACAAACAAUUAAACUUGCUAGUGUGUUUUUGAUGUAGAAAAUAAAUAUGCAUGU